GGCGGCCGAGCUGCGGCAGAGCGUCUCGGAGGUGGUGCGCGGCUCCGUCCUGGUGGUGAGCGCGGCGCGGCACCGGUGGCUGAGGGCGGGGGGAGCCGCGGCGCGGCCUCGCGCGGCCGCCGGGAAAGAGCCGGGCGGCGGCCCCGGGGCGGGGACGGGGCCUCGGGUCCCUGCGGGGCGCGGGGGGGACCGCGGCCGCGGGAGGAGGCGCCGGCGGCGGCGGGGCCCGGCGGGCACGGCCGGACGCUGCCUUCCCGCCGGCUCUUCCCCGGGCAGAGCCGGAGGGGAGGGGGGCCGCCCGGUAACCCGCCGCCCGCCCCGCUCCUUCCCGUUGUUAUUCUGUGCCUUUUGUUUCGCGAGGGACGGGGCUGCGUCCGAGGUGCGGACGGAGGCCUCCUGCCGUCCUCCACCUGCGGGACGGCUGCGGCUCGCACCUCGCCUUGCUCCGAGCGCUCCAGCGGCCGGGCGAAUGGUGCGAAAGUCGUUCUUUCCGUCCUAACGCCGUCUGCGCGCCUUGCGAUUAGAGCACUUCUGUCGUUUGUUGUUGUGUUUGGUGCCUCGCCUCGUGCGGAAGGAUGGACGAGCGCUGGCAGGAACAGUGCUCGAGUGUGUGCCGGGCGUCCCUCCCGCCUGCGCCGCGCUCACUGCUGCGCGCUUUGCUGCAUUGAUUGAAGCUGAAGUGCUGAGUGUUUGUGCCGAGCGGGGCUGUGACACACGGGUACGGCUUCUGGCCUGCCUGCGCUCAGGUGGUGACGUCUCAGGCGGCCUCGCGAGGUUGGUCAGAGCUUCUGGCAAAACCAAAACUCAUAGAACCAAUAGACUACGAAAAUGUCAUUGUUCAGAGGAAAACACAGAUUUUGAAUGAUGCUUUACGUGAGAUGCUACUGUUCCCCUACGAUGACUUUCAGACAGCAUUAUUGAAACGACAGAGUCGAUACAUUCACUCAACAGUUCCUGAAAAUGCAGAGAAGGAAGCUCAGAGCUUGUUUGUUACUGAGUGCAUCAAAACCUACAAUUCAGACUGGCACGUUGUUAACUAUAAAUAUGAAGAUUACUCAGCAGAGUUUCGACAGCUUCCAAAUAAAGUGACAAAACCGGAGAAGCUUCCAGUGCAUUUAUAUGAAGUGGAUGAAGAAGCAGAUAAAGACGAGGAUGCAGCAUCUCUUGGGUCUCAGAAAGGUGGAAUAACAAAACAAGGAUGGCUGUACAAAGGCAACAUGAAUAGUGCAAUCAGUGUGACAAUGAGAUCAUUUAAAAGAAGAUUUUUCCACUUAAUCCAACUUGGUGAUGGAUCGUAUAAUCUCAAUUUCUACAAAGAUGAAAAAAUAUCAAAAGAACCGAAGGGAUCUAUAUUCCUAGAUUCAUGCAUGGGAGUGGUUCAGAACAAUAAAGUCAGACGUUUUGCAUUUGAACUCAAGAUGCAAGACAAGAGUAGUUACCUUUUAGCUGCAGACAGUGAACUUGAAAUGGAAGAAUGGAUAAACACUCUGAACAAAAUCCUUCAGCUUAACUUUGAGGCUGCAAUGCAAGAAAAGAGAAAUGGAGAAUCUCAUGAAGAUGAUGAACAAAGCAAAAUGGAAAGCUCAUCAAGUAGUUUUGACAGUUAUUAUCCUGAAAUAACAAAGAGUACCAGAGAAGCAGAAAUCAAGCUCAAAAGUGAAAGCAGAGUUAAACUUUUUGCCUUGGAUCCAGAUGCACAGAAACUUGACUUUUCUGGUAUUGAACCAGAAGUGAAGCCAUUUGAAGAGAAAUUUGGAAAAAAAAUACUUGUGAAGUGUAAUGAUUUAUCUUUCAAUUUGCAAAGCUGCAUUGCUGAAAAUGAAGAAGGACCAACAACAAAUGUAGAGCCUUUCUUUGUCACAUUAUCACUGUUUGAUAUUAAAAUCAAUCGGAAGAUUUCAGCAGAUUUCCAUGUUGAUUUGAACCACCACUCAGUGCGGCACAUGAUAAGUAGUGCACCUCAACAAAUGAUGAAUGGCAGCGGUGAUGGUUCACAUAGGAUUCAGGACACUUAUGAAACCAUGUUACAGUAUCCAAAGCAGGGAAUAUUCUCAGUCACUUGUCCUCAUCCAGACAUUUUCCUUGUGGCUAGAAUAGAAAAAGUAUUACAGGGAAGUAUUACACAUUGUGCUGAACCAUACAUGAAAAGUUCAGAUUCUGCAAAGGUUGCACAGAAAGUUUUGAAAAAUGCUAAGCAGGCAUGCCAGAGAUUAGGUCAAUACAGAAUGCCUUUCGCCUGGGCAGCUAGGACAUUAUUUAAAGAUGCCUCAGGAAUGCUGGACAAAAAUGCAAGAUUUUCUCCUCUGUUCAGACAAGACAGUAAUAAACUUUCCAAUGAAGACAUGCUGAAGUUGUUAGCAGAUUUCAGGAAACCUGAAAAGAUGGCCAAGCUUCCUGUUAUUUUAGGAAAUCUGGAUGUUACAAUUGAUAACGUGUCACCAGAUUUUCCAAAUUAUGUAAAUUCGUCAUACAUUCCCAUGAAACAGUUUGAAAACAGUACCAAGACACUAAUAACAUUUGAAAUAGAGGAAUUUGUUCCCUGUAUACCAAAACACACUCAGCCGUUCACCAUCUACAACAAUCAUCUUUAUGUUUAUCCAAAGCACUUGAAAUAUGACAGUCAAAAGUCUUUUGCAAAGGCUAGAAAUAUUGCAAUAUGCAUUGAAUUCAAGGAUUCUGAUGAAGAGGAUUCUUUGCCCUUAAAGUGUAUCUAUGGUAGACCAGGCGGACCAAUAUUUACUAGAAGUGCAUUUGCUGCUGUUUUGCAUCAUCACCAAAAUCCAGAGUUUUAUGAUGAGAUUAAAAUAGAGUUGCCCACUCAGUUGCAUGAAAAGCAUCAUUUGUUGUUUACCUUCUACCAUGUCAGCUGUGACAAUUCAAGCAAAGGGAGUACAAAGAAGAAAGAUGUUGUUGAAACACAAGUUGGUUAUUCCUGGCUUCCACUAAUAAAGGAUGGAAGAGUGGUGACAAAUGACCAACACAUUCCAGUGUCAGCAAAUCUUCCAUCAGGCUAUCUUAGUUAUCAAGAAGUGGGGGUUGGAAAGCAUUCUGGUCCUGAAAUUAAAUGGGUAGAUGGAGGCAAACAACUGUUAAAAAUAUCCACUCAUCUAGUGUCAACUGUCUAUACUCAGGACCAGCACUUGCAUAAUUUUUUUCAGUACUGCCAGAAAACUGAAUCUGGAGCUCGUGCACUAGGAACCGAACUUGUAAAAUAUCUUAAGAGUCUUCAUGCUAUGGAAGGCCAUGUGAUGAUAGCUUUCCUACCAACUGUUCUCAACCAGUUGUUCAGGGUUCUUACGAGAGCAACCCAAGAGGAAGUUGCAGUCAACGUGACAAGGGUCAUUAUCCACAUUGUUGCUCAGUGUCAUGAAGAAGGCUUGGAUAGCUACUUGAGGUCUUAUGUCAAGUAUGCUUAUAAAGCUGAACCUUAUGUCGCUUCUGAAUAUAAGACAGUACAUGAAGAACUGACAAAGUCAAUGACAACAAUUCUAAAGCCAUCUGCUGACUUCCUUACAAGCAACAAGCUACUUAAGUAUUCAUGGUUUUUCUUUGAAGUUCUGAUAAAAUCAAUGGCUCAGCAUUUGAUAGAAAACUCUAAAGUGAAGCUGUUGCGAAACCAAAGAUUUUCAGCUUCCUUCCAUCAUGCAGUUGAAACAGUUGUCAAUAUGUUAAUGCCACACAUCACUCAGAAGUACAGAGACAAUCCAGAGGCUUCAAAAAAUGCAAACCAUAGCCUUGCUGCCUUCAUAAAAAGGUGUUUUACUUUUAUGGAUAGAGGUUUUGUUUUCAAGCAAAUCAAUAACUACAUCAGCUGCUUUGCACCAGGAGAUCCAAAGACACUUUUUGAAUUCAAAUUUGAAUUUCUCCGUGUAGUCUGUAAUCAUGAGCACUACAUACCUCUGAAUCUACCAAUGCCAUUUGGAAAAGGCAGAGUUCAGAGGUACCAAGACCUUCAGCUGGAUUAUUCAUUAACAGAUGAGUUCUGUAAGAAUCACUUCUUAGUGGGGCUGCUUCUAAGGGAGGUGGGAAAUGCACUGCAAGAGUUCAGAGAAGUGCGACAGAUUGCUAUUAGUGUGCUCAAGAAUUUGAUGAUAAAGCACUCUUUUGAUGAUAGAUAUGCUUCCAGGGUCCAUCAAGCACGAAUAGCCACUAUGUACUUGCCACUCUUUGGAUUGCUUAUAGAAAACGUCCAACGAAUCAAUGUUAAAGAUGUGUCUCCGUUUCCCAUUAAUCCUUCCAGCAACAGUGCAAAGGAUGAUGGGCUUAAUUUGCCAACUGCGAAUCAGCUAGUAACACCACAAAAAACAGUAAACACAUUGGAUAAUAACCUUCCUAAAGAUCUGUUUGGGGUUAUCUCUGGCAUUGCUUCUCCAUAUACCACUUCGACUCCAAAUAUUAAUUGUGUGAGGAAUGCUGACUCAAGAGGCUCUCUUAUAAGUACAGACUCAGGAAACAGUCUUCCUGAAAGACACAGUGACAAAAGCAAUUCCCUUGACAAGAACCAACAGAGCAGCACUUUAGGAAGUUCUGUAGUUCGAUAUGACAAACUCGACCAAGCAGAGAUCAAGAGUCUGCUCAUGUGUUUCCUUCAUAUCUUGAGAAGUAUGUCAGAAGAUGCAUUGUUUACUUAUUGGAACAAGGCUACAAAAUCUGAACUCAUGGACUUCUUCACAAUUACAGAAGUAUGCUUACACCAGUUCCAGUACAUGGGAAAACGAUACAUAGCCAGGAACCAGGAGGGGUUGGGAUCCAUAGUUCAUGAUCGAAAAUCUCAGACAUUGCCUGUUUCCCGUAACAGAACAGGAAUGAUGCAUGCCAGAUUACAGCAGCUGAGCAGCCUGGAUAACUCUCUCACUUUUAACCACAGCUAUGGCCAUUCAGAUGCAGAUGUUCUUCACCAGUCUUUACUGGAAGCGAAUACUGCCACAGAAGUUUGCCUUACAAUUCUGGAUACUCUAUCAUUAUUCACAAUGGCUUUUAAGAAUCAGCUACUGACAGAUCAUGGACAUAAUCCACUAAUGAAGAAAGUAUUUGAUGUGUACCUCUGCUUCCUUCAAAAGAAUCAGUCUGAAACAGCACUGAAAAAUGUUUUCAUUGCUUUAAGGGCACUUAUUUUUAAGUUUCCUUCUACGUUUUAUGAGGGUAGAGCUGAUAUGUGUUCUGCCCUGUGCUAUGAGAUUCUGAAGUACUGUAAUUCCAAAUUGAGUUCAAUUCGUACUGAAGCUUCGCAGUUACUGUACUUCUUAAUGAGAAAUAAUUUUGAUUACACGGGAAAGAAGUCUUUUGUUAGAACACAUCUGCAAGUUAUUAUUUCGGUAAGCCAGUUAAUUGCUGACGUUGUUGGAAUUGGAGGAACCAGAUUUCAGCAGUCCCUGUCCAUCAUCAAUAAUUGUGCCAAUCAUGACAAAAUUAUUAAGCACACUACGUUCCCUUCUGAUGUAAAGGAUUUAACAAAACGUAUUCGUACAGUACUGAUGGCUACAGCUCAGAUGAAGGAGCAUGAGAAUGAUCCAGAAAUGCUUGUAGACCUCCAGUACAGCUUGGCAAAGUCUUAUGCUAGUACACCUGAGCUAAGGAAGACGUGGCUAGACAGCAUGGCAAGGAUCCAUGUUAAAAAUGGGGAUCUUUCAGAGGCAGCAAUGUGCUAUGUCCACGUAGCAGCACUGGUUGCAGAAUAUCUCACACGGAAAGGGAUGUUUAGGCAAGGCUGUAUUGCUUUCAGAGUAAUCACACCUAAUAUAGAUGAAGAAGCUUCAAUGAUGGAGGAUGUCGGAAUGCAAGAUGUUCACUUCAAUGAAGAUGUGCUGAUGGAACUGUUGGAGCAGUGUGCUGAUGGACUCUGGAAGGCAGAACGCUAUGAACUGAUUGCUGAUAUAUAUAAACUUAUAAUUCCCAUUUAUGAAAAAAGGAGAGAUUUUGAGCGGCUUGCUCAUUUAUAUGACACUCUUCAUCGUGCGUACAGUAAAGUAACAGAAGUUAUGCAUACAGGCAAGAGACUGCUGGGAACUUACUUCAGGGUAGCAUUCUUUGGACAGGCAGCGCAAUACCAGUUUACAGACAGUGAAACAGAUGUUGAGGGAUUCUUUGAGGAUGAAGAUGGAAAGGAAUAUAUUUAUAAAGAGCCUAAACUCACACCUCUUUCAGAAAUUUCUCAAAGACUCCAAAAACUCUACUCUGACAAAUUUGGAUCUGAAAAUGUCAAAAUGAUUCAGGAUUCUGGCAAAGUAAAUCCAAAGGAUUUAGAUUCAAAAUAUGCAUAUAUUCAGGUUACGCAUGUAGUUCCUUACUUUGAAGAAAAAGAGUUGCAAGAAAGAAAGACAGAUUUUGAAAGAACUCAUAACAUUCGUCGUUUUAUGUUUGAGAUGCCUUUUACUCAAGCUGGUAAAAGACAAGGAGGAGUAGAAGAACAGUGUAAACGACGGACUAUCUUGACAGCUAUACACUGUUUCCCAUAUGUGAAGAAGCGCAUUCCAGUAAUGUACCAGCACCACACUGAUUUGAACCCCAUCGAAGUAGCCAUUGAUGAAAUGAGUAAGAAGGUUGCAGAACUCAGGCAGCUUUGUUCUUCAGCUGAAGUAGAUAUGAUCAAAUUGCAGUUGAAGCUACAGGGGAGUGUCAGUGUUCAGGUUAAUGCUGGUCCAUUAGCAUACGCACGAGCUUUCUUAGACGACACAAACACCAAAAGAUAUCCAGACAAUAAAGUGAAGCUACUGAAGGAAGUGUUUAGGCAAUUUGUUGAAGCUUGCGGGCAUGCUCUUGGUGUAAACGAGCGACUUAUAAAGGAAGAUCAGUUGGAAUAUCAAGAAGAAAUGAAAGCCAACUACAGAGAAAUGGCAAAAGAGCUUUCUGAAAUAAUGCAUGAGCAAAUUACUCCGGUUGAAGAAAAGGCCAAUGUUAUGCCCAAUUCGUUACACAUUUUCAACGCCAUAAGUGGAACUCCAACAAGCACAACAGUUCAUGGGAUGCCCAGUUCUUCUUCAAUUGCAUGAUUGUUUUGUAAAGUAUGGUGGGGCUUUUCUGUUGGAUUUAGUUUUUUCUUAGGUAUGUGGAUUUACUUCAUUGUGUGCAGACUCAGGAUGAUUUUGAAGCUAAAUGUUGGGCACGUGCAAGCUGCAUAAUACGUAAAAAAGUCUGAGCACACUUAGAUAUCAAGGCAGACAGUGAUAAACAAAUAGCAAUUACUGGUGAUAGUCCUUUAGAGUAAGUAAAGGAGGCGCACAUAUGUUUUUUAAUCUUUCUGGUAACACUUAAAAGUAUUCACAGUGUCAUCACAGAAGUGCGUGUUGAGAAAUUAUAAAGUUGAAGUUAAUUUCUGUUUUUCAUUUAGAAAGUAUUAUUAAGAUGAAUUGCACAUUACAAAAAGUGUUGUGGGAUGUAAUUUUGCAAAUAUGUAACAUUCCGGUGUUCUUUUUUUGUGUAUGGCACAUAGAGAUUGAUUCCAAGUACAGGACUUAUUUUGGGACUAGACAGAGACACUAGUUUUUUGGGUUUAAUGGAACUGACAGUAGUAGUUUUUGUACCAUUUGGCAAAUUGUUGUGCUUUAUUUUAUACCUUGUUGCAUUUUGGAAGUAUGUGAGCUUGGAUCUUGAACAACUGAAUACAACCAAAGGUCUGUAUUAAUGAACACGGAGUUAUACUAAACUAUCAAUAGUAGUAAACUGUUAUGUACAUAUUGUUUGUUAAUACAGUCCAUACAGUCUGUACAUAAAUGUAUUACAUUUCUAAGCAUUUUUAAUAUUCAUACCAGCUCUUAUCCUGCUUUCAAGUUAUUGUGAAAAUUUGCUCAUUCCAAGUAUAUGCAGACUUUACUGUUCAUUUAUUCAUGUAUAUAAAUAAGUGCAAUAUAAAGAUGUAUACAGUCUUUGCUAUGUUAGGUUUAUAUGCAGUUAUUAAAAGAAAAAAUACUUUUUUGCCAAAGCAAUGGAGUAUGUAAUUGGUGAUCAUGGUUACUGUGGUAAAUGGUGGUAUAAUUUAAAGCUUUUUCCAUAUUCUUAUUCUUUUAAGACAUUAAUUUAGUAAUUUUAUAUUUGGGGGAAAUAAAGGUUUUUAAUUUUAUUUAACUGGAAGCACUGUCCUGCUGUAAUUAAACAUUCUGUACUACAUCUAUAUUAAAAGGAAAAAAGUAGUUACUUUUC